CGGUUUGCGAACUGAGCGGCUUUUCGGUUAAAACUCAUUUUCAGUUUUCAUUCAUAAACCGCCGCUGUGUUUACCGCGUGCCCUCGCCUUUAAGGGGGACGGCGCCUUUAAGCGUUAUGUAGACAGAACCAGGCAAUGUAGGGCGACCGUGCGUGCGCGUGUUUGCGUGUGUGUGUGUGUGUGUGUGCGCGCGCGCGCGCCGAGCUCGCCUGCCUUGCUGUAGCCAUGAUGGCCCCCAAGCAGCCGCCGCUGCUCUCAGCUGUGGAGAAACGAAGCGGCGGCGCUUCCCUGCCCCGGCCAGAGAGCGUGAAGCCGAAGCAGAGGCACCGGUAAAGAAGAGGGGCGGAGGGGGAGGGAAAGAAGAAGCCUCCUCAUGCCACCCCGGUCUCCUCCAUGCCUUCGCCCAAAGCCUCGUUCAUCCAUUUGACAAAGAGGGGUGCGAGCCCGGGCGGCGGCGGCGGCGGCGGCGGAAACAUGAGCAAGGAUUACUCCGUUAAUCUGUCCGUGCAGCAGGUGCUGAGCCUAUGGGUGCAGGGCACCGUCCCAACGCUGCAGCACUUCACAGAGAUGUGGUACUGGGUGUUCCUGUGGUGUCUGUUCUCCUCUCUCUUCGUGCACGGAGCCGUGGGGCUGCUGAUGUGUGUGAUGCUACAGAGGCACAAGCGCGGCCGCCUCAUCACGCUGGUGCUGAUCAGCGCCGGCUUCAUUGCCUCGCUCACUGGAGGGGUCAUCACCAGUGCGGCGGUGGCGGGGGUGUACCGAGUGGCGGGAAAAGACAUGGCUCCUCUGGAAGCUCUGGUGUUUGGGGUGGGCCAGACCACUCUCACCAUCAUCAUCUCCUUCUCCCGCAUCCUGGCCACUCUCUGAAUGGACAUGUUCAGUGACUGGGUUACCCAACAGCCAGCCAGCUGGCAGAAGAGGUGGGCCGAGACACGUGAAGUGGAGCCUAUGAGAUGUGUGGAUGUAGCUAAGAUGCUGGAGGUGAGGGUUUAGCUGCUUUAGGCUUGAUGGAGAAGAUAGUGCAGGCCACGUCACAUGCCAAGAGAGGUGUCUUGUGCUCUACCAGGAUGGCGAAAUGGACCUCCAUGCAGGCCUGCGAACGGGCAGCUCUCAGAGGAUUGAAGCCUCUCUGGAUCAAAAGCAGCACAGUGGUGGGUCGCUGGUCAAUUACAGAAACUCAAUCAAUGUGCCAACUGCCUUGACGACUUACAGGGAACCGUUAGCGGAAAGCUGAAGUUAUUGUCUUUGGAAGUUCGUCCAUAUUCGUUUGUUUCUCCAUUGCACUUCGGGGAGGUAUUUUCUGUCGAAACUGUAUUGGACGGUCUUGUUCAACUUCAGCCACUGUUGAGCCAGAGCUGUAGAGCCAGAGCUAGCACUUGAGGACUACUGAGAGGUUACAAACGCCAAUUACACUUACCACAUAUAACGAACUGGACAUCCUUAAUCAUUCCUGUUUGUUGUAUGAUUACAUUUUACAGUAUAGCAGUGUGGAUACGCGCUAAUUACAGCAUAUUUAUCUUCUUAAGAACGAAUGGCUUAUGCUUUGCACUUUCUAAAUGUUGGUAACUCUACCGGACCUAAAAGACAUGUAAUCUGUGGAUGAUGUUGGGGUACUGCUGUGAUACUGUACAAAAUCCGUCACUCUUUACCAUAAGGACUCACUCACAAUUAAUCCAGAUUACACCGGAACCUGCUCUUAACAAAAGGACAGAUUCAUCAUAGAAAUAUAUUGAAAUAUAUAGUAAUUAACUUUCCUAAGAAGUGAAGGGCGGUUGAUCACAUCCCUUCGUUUUCUCCAGCAGUUAAACGUUCAGAUUAUUUUCUGUUGUUCCUGUGUCAUGAUGUCCGUAGUGAACAACGACAAUAUGGUUUACAACCAGAAAUGCAAAUAAUCUCUGCCAUAAAACACCUUGAAAUUGAUAGUUUGGUCAAAAAUGGUAGCAUUGCUAGCAAGCAAUGGAAGCUAACAGGACAGAAAACCAACAGUUAGCAGAGCUGGGCUAACUGCUGGCUUUUGUGCCUCGCUAGCUUGCAUUUAUUGUCAACCCUGUUAUCAUUUUGGCUAAAUUACUCCUGUAAGAGAACAGAUCAGCGUACACCUCCUUUAGGACAGCUUAUUCUAGAAUUGACACAUUUCAAAGUAAUGGUUGAUUGUUUUUAGCCAAUAAGGGAACAGUGGAAGGGGCUAUUUCUGAGGUGCUGGGUAGGUUUAAAGCCUGAAUCAGGGAUUCUGUGUUGGCUAAGGCUUAGCUGUAACUGGCUUUGUGGUCAAAAAUCAGCGGGCCAUCUACAGCAAUUCCUGAUUGCAGCUUUACAGUAACCAUUAGCCGUUCUAAUUCCCAGAAAUGAUUAGCUAUGUAGCUACAUCCUAGACCAUUCUCUCCAGUUCUUGCUGAAUCACCAGCAUUGCAUUGCUUGCUUGGAGUUCAGGCUCAUUAUUUGCUCAAGUGAAUGUGGUGAUAACUCAUGUUUAUUAGUGGCCCCUGUCUGAAAAGCAGUGUCAUUACAUUUGUAUGAAAUCUGGUGUUGAGUCAUGUCGCUAUAGGUUUUGAAUAUCCCUAUAGUCCAUAUGAAUUCUGAGAGGCUGGAUUGCAUAUGCAGACUCUCUUUCCUUUUUACCUCAGGCCUUAAAGGCAUGACUACAGCCUUUGUUUUAUGUGGAACCCAGUGUGAAUUUGGUCUGUCUCCUUGCAGAAGGGUGCACUGCUGCUUAAGAGGUCCUUGUAGACUAUUGUGCGCCUUAUCUCCACUCAGUGAAGCGAUUCCACUCCCUUUACCUGAACGUUGUGACUUUCGAAUUCUUUUCGCACCCCGCUUCUGGAAAUGUCAGUAAGUAAAUGGCCGCCUGCCUCCUUGCCAGUACAGUUUAGAUGUACGACCCUGUAAAUUGCACUGCUGAUUUUGCCUUCCCUGUGUUCGGCAUUUACUGGGCCCCCGUGGGUUUGGGACUGUGCAAGAAUAGCACCAUCCUAAAGGAUCAGGAAGGUUUGUUAUGUUGUUGUUUCUAUGUUUUUUUGUAUUUAUAAUCUUUUCUUAAAGGGGAUUCGAAGGAAAGCAGUAUCGCACACUGGCACUGCUGUGUUGGUUUGAAUGGAAGGACAGACUUGAAUGUGACAAUGUGCAAUGACAACAUUAACCUUUUUACAUUAAACCACGGCUGUUUAUCGUAUAUCCAGUAAGAAACCACAGACCCAAAGGGGAAUUUCUUUGUGAUUCAUUGCCUGAGAUGUAAACAAAAUUAUUCAGAUUAUUCGUUAAUGUGAUAGGCUACAUUCUGGAGAAACUUACUGACUCAAAUAUCUUACAGUGGUGGCGAUGGGAAGCAUGAGUUGCAAUGUCUAUAACACAGAUAUAAUCAUUUUCUUUACUAUCCAAAAUGAUCAGCGUGUGAUGGUAAAAUAGUAGUGGUAAAUCUGAAAUCUGCCUAUUUCUCUUUACCACACUCUGUAUGCACCCCAGAUCAGAGAUCUGGUUCCUAUCACUACCACUGUGAACAAUUCUGACAAAGUUUCUCUAGAACAGAACAUUUCACAUCAAACUACUCUUAAUGACUUUUUUUACCUCUUAACCAUUAAAUUUUUCAGACGUUUUGAGUCAUUUUCAGUAAUAACUUUAACUGUAAACUGUUAUAUAAAGCAUAUUCUAUAGGUUCCUAAUCAUUUACCAAUAUGACUGUGACAGUUAAAUGUAUUGCCAGUUGUUAACAGCUUUUACAUUUUACAUUGUGUUUAAUGCCCCAAACCAGAAAUUGCUGCAGUAGUGCCACCGACUGGCUAGUCCUGAAGGAACUUUCAGCAAUUCCUGACUGGAACAUUUAAGGAAGUACAAGUUUUUUUUUUUUUUUUUUUUAUGAUAUACAGUACUGUGCAUUUUUUUUCAUUUUCAAUCACAAAGGCCAUUAAGUGAAACUUAUUCAUUUUCAGCAUAAAAAAAGAAGUAAAACAUUUUACAGAUAUUUAACCGAAUUACACAGAAGCCUCCAACUCUAAGUAAACUAUCAACAUUUUGAGUAUUUAAUUUGCCUCCUCUUUACUUUUUUUCACCAUACUGCCACAUUAACUCUUCCAUCAGUUCGAUCUUAAAACCGACCAGUUACAGCUUCAUUCUCCCAACAAAAGUCACAUUAUGUUCCCCUCAAAGAGACAGACAUUCACACAAGCUGCUACACAAACACACCUUAUCUGCCUUGCUAAUUUCUUUCUCACGCGCAUCUAAAAUGGCUAAAGGAGAUAUUUCUUAGAUUAGAUAUACAAUAACCCACUUGCACAAGGAACCCACUUCCCUUUGUAAAGCGAAAGGAAAAUAAGUGAGGAAAAAUGAGUUUUGGAAAGUUACUAAUGACCUGGAUUAAAAAAAAUAGGACUCCGAACAACUAGACCUGGUAGACCACCUUAAAACUUUAAUCUUUGAAAGAGAGGGGAGAAAAUCAAGCUCCACUGUUGCUUCAGAACUGAUAAAGUCCACAGAUGUUUCUGUCCAUCCUUCCACUGUGAGAAGACAACACCAUGAGUCUGAAAGGAUGUGUAGCUGUCAAGAAACCAUUACUGAGAACAGUCAAUAGACAAAACCAGAGGAAAUUAGCACUAGAACACCUAAACUGGACAUCUGAGAUAUGCAGUGAAGAUAUAUAUACACACACAUUAUGGCUUAGGAUUCACUGAAUGGAUUGUAUACAGUUAACAGUUAAUUUAAAGUAUCAAUUGUUUGUUGAUUGUAUUCAAAUACAUAUGUGCACUAAAAACUGUAUUCAAAUUCAGGUUUUGUGCAGAUAUGUUUUGAAUAUAAAUCUACUUCAGUUGUGUAAUGCUUGAAUCUGUCAGUGUCGUAUCUUGUGCCAUCACAAUGAUGGUCAUAGCACCUCAAGCUUUUGGCCGGAAUAUACACAGAUGGAACUGUUAACUUUAUUUAAGCAACUUGACACAAGAUUUACUUUUCUGAAAUCACAAGUGACUCAUGUCACACAUUCAUAGCCAGAGAUGUGAAGUCUCUGUUCAUGCAUUAGUGUUUCUUUAAGCCAAAGUAUUCUCUAAUUUCAGCUUUAGCCAGUUUUAUUGAUUCAUCGUUGCUGUGAUCUAACUUAUUUAUAUAAAAUGAUGCUUGUUUGAUUUUUUUUUAGCACAAUAUUUCCAACUUUUCAUCCCUCUUUAUUAGUUUGGAUACUGUGAAAGACUUUCAGACAUCUCAUGCUGAUCCUUGUACAUUAUGAAGGCACUAGAAGGCCAUUGCCAUUUAUUUAUUUCCCAACUUAUGUAACUGUCAUUGUUCACCUUCAGUACCACGUGGGCCCAGGAGAGGGCGCCAGUGUGCUGUAAACAGAGGAGAAGGGAGCUAUCCCAGGUUGCAGUAGCAGGCUGCUUGCUGAGUGGUAGAGUGAGAUAUGAUUGUAGUUUCUGAAUUCAGCACGUGUUACAGUAUGGCUACAUGACUCGGUGCUUGGGAAGCAGUUUCAGACGGACCUGAUUGUCCUACAUGAUUUUCCUCUCAUCCAUGAAGAUGUUCCAAUGAAGAGGGUCUUGAUUUUGCCUGAGCAGUAACCCAGUGCUGCCAUACAAAGGCAAAGUGCAGUCACUGCAGAAUUCAGGCGUCUGAAGAUCAGCUUUAUUUUGUGACCGAAAGUUCUCGGUCCAGCCAGGCCUUCGUUUUAAAGAAGCGUCAGGGACAGAGUGUGAACAUAUUUGGCAAGACAACAGAGCAGUGACGCUGUUUUUGCUUCCUCAGUUUCACUGGUGACAGGUGCUGUUUGCCUUUGCCACUGCUGCAUGUACCACCUAGCUAAAGAUGUCUUAAAGGGGAAUUCCACCAAUGUUUCAAAAUUUCUGCACACUUAAAUGGUUAAUAUGUAAACAAGGUCAUUCCCAUGUGGAAAUCUGAUAUAUGGAACAUAUGUUCCUAUGUCAUAAGGGGUCAGAAUAUAUGUACAUAUAUACAUUUGGACAUAUAAGCAUAAUAUAUGGAUCAUACAUAUAUCCAAAUGCAUCCCUCUACGGUUAUAAUUGUUACUAUCUUUUCUGUUUGCUUUUAAAUGUCACAUCAUUUAAUGUCAGAAAACAGUUGAUUGCAUAGUUUAUAAUGAGCUUAGUUAUGUAGCAGUUCUACUAAUUUUCACUAUAUUAGGAAAUAUGUGGAAGAACCUUGUGUAACGUGAAUCUAUCACGUAUGAGUGUUAUAUGCCAUCUAUAUAUGCGUGACAUUUUCUAUCAUAUGUUGCUAAAAAUAUGUUUAUGUGCCUAUGCAUAUAUAGCUGAAAUAUAUGUCCCAUCAUUUUUGGAAAUGGCCAAUUAAAAAAAAAAAACAUUCAGACAAAUUCAGACAAAUAAGUGGAAUAUAAA